CGUCGUAUUCGUUGGAAUUCCGCCACCAAAUUCAAAACCCACUCUCUCUCCCCCACCCUCCGCCUCAUCCGAUGGCCCCAGCGGCAGCCGUCGACCCGGGAGAAUCGACGCCGGCCACCGCCGCGACGCCGCGCACCGGCCCCGCCCGGCCGGAUCUCGCGCGCCGGCUCCCCGUCACCCCGCGCGAGCUAGGGUUUACGCCGUUCCGCAACCCUCCCCCUCAAGAAGAGGGGGCGCUGCAGAAUUCGUCAGAGGGGAAAAUUCAGGCGCCUGAGUUGAAGCCUCUUGCCGGAUCUCAAGCUGUUCCAAAAACCGAGGGCGUCAGCACACCUAUAAGUUUGGUUAAGAGCAUACAUGCACAGUUGGAUGCACAGAUACCAGUCAAUGCAGAUCUUAGCCAGAGAAAACCACCAGCAAAGGCCACCAUGCUCCCCAAGCGCGACCCUCCUCCUCUAGAGGGAGCACUGCCAAAUUCAUCAGAGGAGAUUCAGAAUCCGGAGUGGAAACCUCAUGCCAGAUCUCAAGCUCCUCCAAGAACUGUGGACGUGAGGACACCUGUAAGUUGGGUUAAGAGCGCCCGUGAAGCUUUGGCGCACAAAGCAUUCACCGACGAACAUAAUGCACUGUUGGAUGCACAGAUACUAGUCAAUGGGGAUCUUAGCCAGGGAAAACCACCAGCAAAGUCUGCCCUACGCCCCGUGCGCAACCCUCCUCUUAGCCAGGGAAAGCCACCAGCAAAGUGUGCCCUACGCCCUGUGCGCAACCCUCCUCGUCUAGAGGGAGCACUGCCAAAUUCACCAGAGGAGAUUCAGACUCCUGAAUGGAAACCUUAUGCUGGAUCUCAAGCUGUUCCAGAUACCAUGGGCGUGAGGACACCUGGAAGUUCGCUUAAGAACACCUGUGAAGCGUUGGCACAUGAAGCAUUCACCGAUGAACAGCAUGCACAGUUAUAUGCACAUAUAUUAAUCACUGCAGAUCUUAAACAGGGAAAACCACCAUCAAAGGCUGCCAUGGUUCUGGCCUUUGGACAACCUGUGGAGGGUCAGAAACAUGCAUGGGAAGAGGUUUGGCGUGCUGCUCUUGACAGAUACCAGAGCCAAAUGUCACCACUGGGCUUUGAGACGCCUUUUAGUUCCCAGAAUGGCCCGUUAGAACCAUCUCCUAACAGCAUGAAGAAUCUUGAGGAGUUUGAGCCGAAGGAGGCACAUUCAGAGCUCGUUGAUGCACAGACUAGCAAAUGGCAGAACCAGAAGUCACCAGUGACUGGCUUUGAGACACCCAUCAAGUCUUUGAUAGGUAAUUGCACAGCUCAAGGUUUGGAUGUUCAGAAUGGCGGAGAGGUUCAGCUGGCAGUCAGUUGUGCUGACAAAGUUGAUCAAGAGCCACCUGAUGACAGUAAGAUAAAGAAUAGAAUCUAUGGCGGGCUAGAAUCUCUUUGCGGCAGCACUCCCUUGGAAAGUUCAGAAAGCUUGACGGAACAGGACUCAUGUGUGAAAUGCAGUAAAGAUGGACAGCUGCUGAAAUGUUCCAGCUGCUUCUUAGCUGCCCAUGCUAGCUGUUUCGGUUCAUCGGUGACAUUCGAUGACUCUGGCCAUUUUGAUUGCCCUGUUUGCUAUUGCCGUAAAGCCGCUGAAGCAUUGGAAAAGGCUAAGAAAACAUAUUCUGAAGCUAGGAAAAAUUUAUCUGUUUUCUGCAGCGGCUGGAAGCAAUUUACAAAGGAAUUCAGUGAGCAAUCUAUUGGAACUCAGCAAAGAGCUGCUAACUUCGAGGAUCAGAUGAAUGGCUUUAACACAGCUAAAAAGCAAGGUAACCAUCAGUCUGAAGCAGCUAAGCUGUCUUGCAAGGAUGAAGAGCCUAAUCAUCUUAAAGAAAAUGGUACAAGUGAUGCUUGUCCUGAUAAGGUAGUCACCACAAAGACAACCGUUUCUCCGAGUUCUGAAAAUGCAAAAUCCCAUGGAGAUGGCAAUAGCAAUUCGUCUCGUCAAGUGCCAUAUUCAGCUCGGGAUAAAUUCAGUUCUGUUGCAAAUCACAACAUCGGGGUUGGCAAAGAGAAUUGUCUUAUGAAUUCUCCCAACUGCAAUUUUUCUGAUAGACCGGGAGCUAUGUCUUCGCGAAACAUGAGUCGCCGCAAAGUAAGCUUUCAAGAAAUGGGGACAGUGGCACCAAAUAGUACUUGGAAAACAUUGAGGUACCAGGAUCAGUUCGUGCAUUCACCAGCAAGGAAAAGAUACUAUCCGUACCCACCCGAGCAUUACUAUAGUCCCCACACACCAGCUAUGAGGAGUCCCCUGGCGCCAACCAAAACGCCUUUUACAGGUAAAACGCCUUUUACAUCGACAACUGCAAGGCGCAAGAUGAUCUUCUGGAGCGAGGCAGAGGAGGUGGCUUUGAGGGAGGCAAUGGCGAAGUUGGCCCCAAAGGGGGAGGCGGUGAAGGAGAAGAGGUCGAUCUCGUGGGUGCGUAUACACGAGUACUGCAGGGAGUCGAUCCACCCCACACGCUGCCCAGACGACCUGAGGAAGAAGUGGAACCGCAUGAAGAACAAACUGGGGGUUUGUCCUGAAGACGACGACAGAGUAGGAGACGGCUGCCUCUGAAACGCCCGUCCCCAUCUUGCCGUGGUAGGAGAAAGGGAAGUGAAGUGGCCGUGCCCUUUGGCGCUGUAUCGGCGAAACGUCUCUGUCCUAGUCUCCUAGAGGCCUGUUUCGCCCUCUGUUGUGGCGCGGCGGCGAUCGUCUGUCUAUAUUUAUGGUGAAUCUGGUGACUCCUCAACCAAAAAGGUUUUGGUGAGAUGGGUGUGCAAGGCCCAAGGAUGGUGAUGAUGGUAGAUGGGAGUGGGAACUGAAGUGCACAGACGUCAUAUGGACAAAACUCAUGCUCCAGGUCAUGUGUUGAUGAACUGUAUGAUGAAGACUUGCAUUAUCAGCUAAUUAAUCUUGUACUACUAAGGCCUGACUGACAAAGUUGUUGUUUCCAGCGGCUGUGCUGGGACUUUUGUACUAUUGUUUCAUUAAUUAAUAAUGGACAAAUUGUUGUUCUUC